CAUUGAUAUGUUGAAUCACUAGCUGAAGAAGAUCCCAAAGAAACAAACAAACAUGGGCAAACCCAGCCGACUUGGUCGGAUAGUUAGCUUGGUAACCACAAGGUUCCAAGUUCGACUUCCCAUGAGAGUUGCCUAUUGUUCUUUUUGUUCUGAGCCAGUUAGCUAUAGGCAACUUAGGCUGGUUUAUCUCUUUGUGGUCCAUUGCACCUUCGGAUAGCAGUAGCAGGUGCGGGCUUUCCAGUAACAAACAAAACAAAGCCCCAGCCGGCCCCUAAACAGGAUACUAGUAAAGGUUCUGUUGUUUAUGAUUACCUUGUGCAUCAUGUUUUUCUUUUAAACAAUUGCUUAGCAAUGAGACUUCCUUUUAUACACCACACAAAAUUCAGUGCAUAUGUUUCACAUGGUAUGCUUAAUAAUGCAUCUAAAAGUCUACUCUGUCGUCUCUCUCCCUCACAUGCACUCUCUGUCUCUAUAGAGUGCUUGGCCACUCUGAAUACUCUCAUAAGAACUUAGUUUAUUUUAGUUGCACCUUAGAUAAAUAGGGCUUAUUAACUCCUGCACACCGAGCUUGGGAGAGUGCAUGUAACCUCUUAGCAAUGAAAUGUUACAUCGGUCUAUCUGUAUAAUCUUUAAAGAUGAUUCGGUUGGUAGUUUGAUAGUAAAGUACACUCCUGUUAACUUAUAUACCGUAAGAUGUAUCUCAAAAAAGAAAAAAAAAAAAAAAAAAGGGAGAGAGGGACAGUACAGUAGCAGUAUCUGGGAAGAAUCUGAAACUGGCAACCACUACAUAUAGAAUUUGUGGAGGCUCUCUGCUAUAAUUAUCGUCAUAUAACCAUAAUUGGUUCAAAGCUGAGAUUGUUUGUAGCAUGGAGGAAGCAAUUGUGUUGUAUCCUUCUCCACAAAUAGGCCAUUUGGUCUCCAUGGUUGAGCUUGGGAGGUUAAUCCUUAAGCAUCAACCUUCCUGUUCAGUCAUAAUCUUCAUCGCCAAUGUCCCAUUCAGUACUGGCUCCACAGCGGCUUAUCUCAGCCAUGUCUCCACCACGACCUCUUCAAUCGUCUUCCACCACCUUCCUGACGUGCCUUUCUCUCCAAACUGCUCUUCUGCUUCCCUGGAAGAGCUUGCCUUUGAGAUCCCCCGCCUGCACAAUGCUAAUGUCCUCCAGGCUCUUAAGAACAUCGGUUUGAAGUCGAGAAUCAAAGCCGUGGUUCUUGAUUUCUUCUGUAAUGCUGCGUUUGAAGUCUCGAGUUCAGACCUUGGGCUUCCCACGUACUUCUUCUUCACGUUGGGAGUGUCUGAUCUUGCGUUGCCUCUCCAUUUCCCGACUCUUGACAAAAUGCUGCCUGAUAACCUGAAAGAUCACAAGGCUGCGCUUGAAAUCCCUGGCAUUCCUCCCAUUUACACUUCAGACUUGCCGGAAACCACCCGCCACCGGACUGACAAAGUGUACAGAGCCACCAUGGAGUUGGCAGUACAGAUGACAGAGGCUUCUGGGAUCAUAGUGAACACAUUUGAGGCGCUCGAGCCGAGAGCCAUGAAAGCUAUAACUGAUGGUCUGUGCACCCCAAAUGCUCCAACCCCGACUCUUUACUGUGUCGGCCCAUUGGUUGCCAAUUCUAAUAUUCAUGGCUACAAUGGCAGUGUGUGUUAUGACGAGUUGUGUUUGACGUGGCUGGACUUGCAGCCCAGUGGAAGCGUUGUGUUUCUGUGCUUUGGAAGCCAGGGGAGCUUCAAGGACGAGCAGCUAAAAGAAAUGGCGGUGGCGCUAGAAAACAGCGGCCAUAGGUUCUUAUGGGUGGUGCGGAAUAGGGCGAGCGAGGGAGAAAUGGAGUUGAACGCAAUACUCCCGGAAGGUUUCUUGGAGAGAACGGCAGAGAGGGGACUGGUGGUGAAGUCGUGGGCCCCACAAGGGGCCAUACUGAACCACGACUCCGUGGGGGGAUUCGUGACUCAUUGCGGAUGGAACUCGUUGCUGGAGGCCUUGCUGGCAGGGGUGCCAAUGGUGGCAUGGCCUCUGUACGCCGAGCAGCGGCUGAACAAGGCGUUCAUGGUGGAGGAAAUGCGGGUGGCGUUGCCACUCGCGGAGACGGAAGAAGAUCGAUUUGUGUAUGCAGCGGAGCUGGAGAAGCGGGUGAGGGAGUUGAUGGAGUCGGAGUCGAAGGGCGGGGGAAUGGUGAUCAGAGAACGCGUUAUGGCAUUCAGGGAUGCUGCUAAGGCAGCAGUGAAGGAGAAUGGGAGUUCUCAUAUUGCUUUGGCAAAGCUUCUUCAGUCCUGGAAUUAAUUACUUUGGAUCUUAUUAUUAAUCAUUCAAAGUUGAAUGAUAUAUGUGAUGAUCAAACUUUCAUAUC